CCUUCUUCCCGGGUCAUCCGUUCCACGCGCGUGCGCGAGCGCGGUCCUUCCGUCGCAAAAGCGACCGGAACCGGCGAAUUGGGACGCAAAAUGCGAACGACCCGGUCCUUGAGCCUCGCUCCGUUGAAACCGGUGACGCGCUGAUCAACCAAUGAGAGCCAAGAUUGAAGACCCUCUCAGAAGAACGGACCCCGCCUCCGCAAGAAUACCUGAGACCCAAUAGGUCCUCCGAUUUACGGGCUAGUCGAGCCACCCCGCGAGGUGCCACCCCCCGAAGAGGAUCUCCCACGUGUGAAAAGCUCGCCGGAGGCCGGCGGGAAAAGCGGAAAAAGGGGGCUAGAGUCCCGGAGGAACCGUUAAAUCAACAGGUCCAUUCAUCCCCCGGGAUCCGACUUCCUGGAAGAAAUAAGUCUCGGGCCGUUUAGUCGGCGCCCUUUGAGGCCAACUCGGCGGUUCCCUCCGUUUUCUCUUCUCGAAUUGAGAUCGAUCCGGUCCAGGGCCUCGUACGGCCCCGAGGGACCUCCAUGUAAGCGAACACGACCUCGCAAAAUGCUGGCCUGCGUCUAUCCUCCGGAGAACUUCAAAUCGAAGCCCGCCACCGUGAAGCUGCGACAUGGACGGUCGCGGAGAAAGUCGAAGAUGCACACGAUGAAGGAGAAGUCGGAGGCGAGGAUCGCCGCGCCGAUGAACAAUGAGUUACCUGUGGGCGGGGGCGGGGCUGUGCUGGUGCUCAGCGAGCUUGAAAGCAUGGCAGCCAGACAGCAACGGGAAAUCGCCCAGCAGAGGCGCCUCCUGGAGCAGAGAGAGGCCCGACUCGCCGUGCUUCGGGGCGCACAGGAGCCAGCACAGCAGGACAGACUGGCCAGGCUGAGGCACCGGCUGGAUCAGCAGCAGAGCAAGCUGAAUCGGCUGCGUCUUCUCAGGUCGCAGACCGACCAAUCCCGGGCCAACAAUGCCACGCUGACCUCCGACCUGGACUGCAUAAGGGCGCUGUUCAACGAGAAGGAGAAGGAGCUCUCGCUGGCGGUCGCCAAGGUCGAGGAGUUGACGCGACAGCUCGAGGAGCUCCGAGGUCGCCACAACAGCGGCGGCAGCCAUCUGCCGACCCCUGCCAGCGCCGAACUCGAGAAACUGAGGAGAGAGCUCAUGUACCGGAACAAGAUGAACGAGCAGCAGAACCAGGUGGUGUCGCAGCAGAGACUCGCCCUGGCGCAGCGGCAGGCGGAGAUGGCGUCCAUAGAUGCCAGGAUAGCCCAGUUGCAGGGUCGGCUGCAAAAGAAAAGGGCCCUCAAUCAGAGACUGAGUCAACAGCUCGGCGGGUCUAAUCGCACCGCGGCCAACCCUGGCUUCGCCGACACGAAAUUGGAGUUCAACACCGGGGGCAAGCCGCGACCCGCGGGCAACAUCGCCGCCAUCGAGCCCUACUCCCACAUCCCCAACGACAACGACUUCACGCUCAACAAGAACGACCCCAAGUAUCAGACCUUACCGUACAACACGAAGUUCGCGGUCAGCUUCAAGUCCGCCGAGGACGACGUCAACAAGAACAAGAUCCAGCACAGCGCGAGCGCCUCGCAGAUCGGUCAGAGGUCCUUUCAGCAGUUUGGCCACCAAAUAGCUCAUAGUCAGUCGCAGUCACAUAUCCAGGGUCAGUCGCAGCCCCUGGGAACGAACCAGCAGCAGAACAACCCUCAGGGCUUCGGCGUCCAGACCGGGAACCUCCUGCUCAGCAGCAACAACAACAACAAUAACAACAACAACGGCUCGGUGCACAACAACCUGGCGUCGGAGAAUGCCCUGCAGCUGCAGAACCUCAGGAUCCACGGGCACCAGCAGCAGCAACAGCAGCACAACAAUCAGCAGCAAAAGCAGCACAGCUCGACGAACUCGUCCAACUCGAGUCUGGCAAGUGGUCAGUCGAUUACACAGAAUCAGAACCACCGAAAUCUCCAGACCCACCAGAAGCCGGUGUCGAGCGUCGCUCCGAGUUUCCCGGUUAAGUCGCCGAUCUACCAGACCUCCUCGACGAAGAUACACCCCGUGAUGCCGCAAACCCUGAGUCUAAUCGGGCGAGGCCACCCAGGUAACCAAGGGUACUCGGCAUUGAACACGCAGAACAACAACCAGCAGACCACCGGCAGCCAGGAGUCGCAGAACUACUCCUCGAGGCACAACUAUCCAGGAAUGGGGCAACAAGGGGUGCACGUGCAGACCAGUGGUCACCCUGGGACGUACCAGCAGUCCCAGGGAUCGCCGAACUUGGCGCAGAACUCGAGCCUAGUCGCCGCAGGGGGUCCGAAUUUCGGGAAUUACUCGGCACACAACUACGGUCAGCCGCAAGGCCAGGGCGGGCCGACCCCGGCCAGCAACAACCCCCUGGACCCGCAAAACGAGAGGCUGAAGUUCGACCCGGGGAAGGGGGAGAAGUUCGACCACCUCGUGCCGGGGAAGCACGAGCACCAGGUGAGGUACGACCCCCAGGCGGCGAAGCACGAGCAGCAGGGCCAGCAGAUGAAGUACGAGCUCGCCAACCCUCCCGCGAAGCACGACCAGCAGAAGCACGAACAUCCGAUGAAGUACGAACAUCAGGGCUUUAAACACGAGCAACACCCGGGGAAGUACGAGCACGAGAGGGUAUUCAAACACGAGUCGCUCGCGAAGUACGAUGGAAAUGCUAAUGGCGCCCUACUCAGGCAGGAUGCUAAGUACGAACAGGGCCAGAACAAAUUCGUCGACCAUCUUGCCGCGAAGUACGAGGCGAAGCACGACCAUGCCGCGAAGUUCGAGCCCCCCUCGAAGCUCCCGGACAAACCGUUCGACUACGACAGGACGAAGAGCGACAACGAGAGGAAGGCCGGGUUUCCGGAGAUGAAGACCGAGGACAAAACCAAGCCUGCCCUCCCGCCCAAACCCAGCAAGCCCAAUCCUCCCCCCAGGUUGACCCACCAUGAGAAGGUCGAGGCUGCUGGCGAACUCAACGACGGGAAACCUCCCAUUGUCGGCGGCUCGAGGUCCGAUAAGGAGGAGGAGAUCCCGCCGAUUCCCACGUCGGAGCCUCCGGAGUCGCCAACGGAGACCCAGGUCGGCGGUCAUCGAAUCAUCAAGGCGCGACCUCUGACCCUGAAGAAGGCCCCGCUCUCGGAACAGCCCAAGCUCCGUUAUGCGAAGUCGAACGUCCACGUGUCCAUAAAUCGGCGCAUUGAGAUGCCCCCGGCGUUCCUGUUCCCGGAGACCGAGAUUCCUGCGGAUCUUAUGCAAACGGAGCAGCAACAGCAGCAACAACAACAGCAGCAGCAGCAGCAAACCCAGCAGCAGCAGAUCGCAGACGUGACGGACAGCAACAGUUGCAAGAAACCGGUCCCUGUAGCCGUGCAUCCUGAAGAGAACGUCGCCAACGACAAGCUGGAGGACUCGGACAUCGUGGACGCGUUGAACGUCAUCAACAUCGAGGACAAGCUGAAGAUCAAGGAUGCCGAUCGCAGGCCAGAGGGCGAGACGGAGAACAAGACGACGGCGGACGUGAUCAGGCGGAAGAAGGGCAACCUGAAGUCGACCACCGGGAAGGCGAACCUCUCGAGGAGGGUGUCUUUCGAUCCCCUGGCCCUUUUACUCGACGCAAGCCUAGAAGGCGAGCUAGAGCUCGUCAAGAAGACUGCCAAGGAAGUCGCCAACCCCAGCUCUGCCAACGACGAGGGCAUCACUGCCCUGCACAACGCCAUUUGCGCGGGUCACCUGGAGAUCGUCAAGUUCCUCGUAGAGUUUGGGUGCGACGUCAACGCGCAGGACAGCGAUGGAUGGACGCCCCUCCAUUGCGCCGCCAGCUGCAACAACCUCGCCAUGGUGAGGUUCCUGGUGGAGCAUGGGGCUUGCAUUUUUGCGACCACCCUGUCCGACCACGAGACCGCCGCCGAGAAGUGCGAAGAGGACGAGGAGGGCUUCGAUGGGUGCUCGGAGUACUUGUACAGUGUACAGGAGAAAUUGGGCAUCAUGAACAACGGCCAAGUCUUCGCGGUCUUCGACUACGACGCGCAGCACAGCGACGAGCUCUCCCUGAAGAAUGGAGAUUCCCUGGUGGUUCUUCGAAAAGGAGACGACAACGAGAGGGAAUGGUGGUGGAGCAAACUCGGCCACAAGGAGGGCUACGUGCCUCGCAACUUACUAGGCCUUUACCCCAGAGUGCAGCCGGCCAAGGCGGACUGAAGAUCUUCCGUAUCUGCAAGCAACUAGUAAUAUCCGAACAUUUAUCACCACAGUAUUCAAUUUGCAGCUUUAUCGUUAGGUAUUGUAGAUUAGUACGUUAUAAAUAUUAUUUUAUUUAAUGACCACGCGGGUCACGCGUCCGUGGAGAGCGCUAAAUUCGAGGUUUUUUUUUUUUGUUCUCAAAGUUUUAUACGAUUAAGCUAGCGGGACGUCGACGGUCGGCUCCGUGCCGGGAACGCCUCCGUUCCUUCUCUCUUCUUCCUACCUUUUUUUUUUCCUUCUUCGUUCUUUUAAUUUCAAAUUACGACGCCCCAUAAAUCGUUCCAACCGAGCCCGUACGCGUUAUUAUACAGUGUAGCCGCGCGCGAAAUUAUUUUUAUUAUCUCCCUGUAGCGUAUGCAACUUUUAUAUUACAGAACCGAAGCUUGAGAGAGAGAGAGAGAAAUAGGGGGAGAAGCAAUUGCGUUACCUUGCGAGACUCGCUUGGGAUUAAGGGGACGUGAAAGUCACAUCCGAGAAGUCGAUCGUUCAUGUAACUUUUCUCCAAAGAAGCUGUACCGAAUCGUUUCAGACUUUGUAACAUGAACACGGAGGCUACAAGUAAGGCUCUGGCACUCAUGAAAUUUCACUCUUCUUUAUUAUAAAGAAUUUAAAAAAUAUCUAUGAACAAAUUUAAAAAAAAAUGGAAAUUUCAUGGGCGUGAGCACUUUCGUUAUAGAGUUCAUAUUCACGUUGUAAAGUUGAAAACGAUUCGGUACACCCGGUUAGGAGAAAAGUUUCAUAAACGAGAAGUCUCCGAUGCCACUUUCGCAUCGCCUUAACCACGUAAGGAUUAUUCUUCGUUUCGAUCCUUUAGAUCUUGAGGCCGACAGCCAGGAAGUGCAUAAAAAUAGAGAGCUGGAUGACACGUUCGGCUCUGUAUUUAUUAUUGUAACUUAGGCGAUAUCGUCGCAGGAAUCAAUCGGAGAAAAUGUAGGCCCAGGAUAUUCUGUCGAGGAGUUGAAGAACGCGCAUCUCGAGGAAGGGACGCGCUUCGUCGAGAGCAAGGGUCGGCCGGAUUUGCGCGACAAUGGAGGACAGUCCGAUCCGAGUCUUACUUCCGCUGAUCCUUCGAAAUGUUCACUUUCUUUUAGAUUUUAACUUGCCAAGCAUAUACUCUGUACAUACUGCGCGUGACCAAUCAGUACCCGCGGAUAUCGUGUUCUCCGAUUCCGGCGCGAUCGGGACCUUUCGCCCAUUGCGACGUUGUAAACUUUUUAGAUUUGUUUCACCUAAACGACCUAGUUUAGAUGAAGUCAGAUUUCUUUUGUUCCGUACAAAACACCUCUUGUUACGUUUUACUGCGAGAAAUUUUCCAAGUCCGACCGAGCGCCUUGGACUUUGAAAAUGUUCCUAAAGGUAUAUGUAUUCUAAGCUUGCCAAUAUGUAUAUUUUUAAAUCCCAUCCGGGCCGUUCACCGCUGGCUCGAGGAUCCCUGAAAUUUCGGUAAAGAUUAGCUCUUCCGUCUAGAGAAAUUUUUUUUUUCUUAGGCCGUAGCGAUCGAUACGUAGAUUCUAAUUGCGUUGUUGUAUAAGUAGACAUCACAUUCUCAUUACACGCGACACAUAACACGGUCACGGGCCUGACGGAAAAUAUUGAUUACUGAUAAAUGAAAUACGUGCCUUUAAAAGUAAUAAUGACGACAUUAUGUAAAAGAUUGCACGAUAUAUUAUGAUGAAUAAAUUGUUUUUACUAAAACUUA